UGAAACUCAGAAAAGUAAAAAGGUGGAGGAUUCGGAGAAGAAUUAUUUGCCACCAGCUUGCUACACGAUGUCGCGUGCAGAGAAACGGAUUUUUUGCGAGUCAUUGUAUGGCAUUAAGGUCCCUACUGGCUACUCAUCGAAUAUGAAGCGCUUUGUUACCUUAAAUGGUGAGUUGAAGUUAUCGAGUAUGAAAUCGCACGAUUGUCAUGUCAUGAUGCAAGUAUUCUUACCGAUUGCAAUUCGUGGGAUACUUCCAAAGCAUGUGAGGCACACCAUUACAGAACUGUGUUCAUUUUUUCAUACAAUAUGCAGCAAAGUCCUAGACCCGUCGACCCUCGAUUCCUUGCAGGCCAGAGUAGUUGAAACUCUAUGCAAAUUUGAGAUGUAUUCCCCCCCCGCAUUCUUUGACAUUAUGGUCCAUCUCAUUGUCCAUCUAGUUCGAGAAAUUAAGCUGUGUGGUCCAGUGUUUUUGAGGUGGUGCUAUCCUUUUGAGAGAUAUAUGGGAACUUUGAAGGAUAAAGUUCGGAAUCCUGCACAACCAGAAGGUAGUAUAAUUCAAGGGAUUGUGGGUGAAGAGAUCAGUAAUUUUGUGGCUGAGUAUUUUGCUAGUGUUGAUCCUGUUGGACUUCGACAUCCCGACACGAGGGCAGACUUGAGGGCAAGGGUACAAUUGGUUCAAAAUUGAUCACACCUUCCGUAGAAAAGCGUAAACAAGCUCACUUAUUUGUAUUGCAUCACGUACCAGAUGUCCAUCCUUAUUUAAGUGAACAUAUGGAGGAAUUACGUGUUAGCAAUCCUGGAAAAGGAGUGAGGGCAUUGACGCAAAUGCAUAA